CGACAUUGUCGUAAAAUUUGGAUUUCAUGAUUUUGGAUUUUGAAAUGGCUUUAAAUCUUCCUGUGGAUGAAAAAUUGGCAGCUAGUAUAAAUAGACGAAGGAUUUCAGAAGAACAACGGAAGCAGAGAAUCUUUAAUGCUAAAGUGCGACAAAUUGGAAUAGAUGUGGAUGCACUGAAAUAUCAAAUGCAUGAUAAAGCUUUAUCAAGAGCGAGAGAAGCAGACAGAGAAAACAAAAUAGCUGAAGAAUUGAAAAGAAUAGCAUAUAUUGCUGAAGAACGAGAACAACAGGAAAAAGAGCAAAAGCAAAAGACAAGCAAAAAAAUUGACCAAUUUCGCUUAUAUGAACAAAAACCUGAGCAUAGAAGGGAUUUUGAUUUGUAUGAUCCAGAUCAGUUGAAAAAAGAACAACCUCCAAGAAUUUCUGAUAAUGCUCCUUGUCCAAUAUCAGGACUGCAAAGGCUUGAAGGAGAAGAUUUAAAUUACAGAGAUAGAAUGAAGAGGCAACAGGGACAAAUGAGAGAUCUUCUACUUCAACAAAUGCAAGAGAAACGCAUGCAGAAUUAUAAAUUUAACAAAGAAAUCAAGGACUGGGAGUUCCAGCAACUGCAGCAAGAUCUAAAUGCCCUUCAACUGUCAGAAUAUGAGGAAAAAUACCAGAGGUCAAAGGCUACCGAUUUAGAAAAACUUAACAAAUACCUGGCACUAGAAACGAAAGAAAGACAAAGACAGGAAAAAAUCAAUGACGAUAUUGAGAAGAAAAAAGAUAUAGAAAACACCUUUUACAGUAACUUCAUGACUGAAAAUCCCUCAGUUGCAAGAAGUGCAUAUGGUCCUCAUCGAGUAGUACCCGAUAGAUGGAAAGGGAUGAGUCAAGAGCAAUUAAGAGAGUUUUAUGACGGACAGAUUAAGCAAAUCAUAGAAAGAAAGAGAAAAACAGAGCAAGAAAACUUUGAACUGUCCCAAUGGCACUCAGAAAUAGAACGUCAAGACAGUGUUUUCAAAUCCCUAGAUGAGGAAAAUAGGAAAAAUGUAUCUAAGAUGAAUAAAGAUUUAAACCAGGAUAACAAACACUUAGAGCAAGAGCAGAAAUGUCAACAAAAAUACAUGAAAGAAGUCGUAUAUACAAAUGUACCAACUCAAGAAUUUUUUAAUCAAUUCAAUACAUCAUCAAGAUAAAUUCGAAAGUUAGUUGAAAAAUCCUCCCAGUUGAUUAAUUAAUGUGUUUUU